UAAUCGUCAGUUAUGCACUCGACUCAGGCCAGUUCACACGUCACGAUACACACGACGCGAGACAUCGACCUUGGAUCCGAAGAUACGCCGCGAAUCUUAACAUCGUGUGUAACAGUAUAAGUGCCGGCUUCUCUAUAAAAUAUCUCAUUCACUAUCUUGUCUUAGCAAAAAAGUAUUUUUUUAUUUAGUAGAAAAUUAAAUUAAAUUUAUUAAAAAUGGUGCAAAAUAAGAGGAUUCUUGUCAUCUACACUGGAGGCACUUUUGGUAUGCUGAAAAAUGAGAAAGGAGUACUGGUGCCACAAAAGGACAUAGAACGAAGAGUGAUCAGAAAGCUGCCUCAGUUACACGACAAUGCCUACUGGGAGAAAAAUCUCGCCGGAACAGACCUUAAAGAAUAUUUGGUGGUACCAGAUGGCAAGGACACGGAACAGAAGGUGCUGUACAAAAUAUAUGAAUAUGAAGAGUUGAAGGAUUCCUCAGACUUCACCAUGGAUGACUGGCUUACACAGGCUAGAGAUAUAAAGAAAUACUACCACGACUACGACGGUUUCGUGGUGCUGCACGGCACCGAUACCACAGCGUAUGGCGCGUCCAUCCUGUCCUUCAUGCUGGAGUCCGUCGGCAAGACUGUCGUCCUCACAGGAGCACAGAUUCCCAUUUUCCAACCUCGAAGCGACGGUAACAACAACUUGCUGUGUGCUAUCCUCAUUGCCGCCACGCAACACAUUCCAGAAGUCACAGUAUUCUUUGGAAACAGGCUUUUCAGAGGCACGAGAGUAAAAAAAGUAUCAAACACAAAGAUCUACGCGUUCGACUCGCCCAACUUCCCAGCACUGUUAGAAGCCAAGGCGACCCUGGAUGUAGACCCGAAGAUGCUGAUCCACCCCCCUGGCUCCGUGCCCAACGAGUGCAGGCUGCACGACAAGCUGUGCAGGAAGGUGUACAUCUUGAAGAUGGCGCCCACAAUCACACCUGAACUGAUUAGAGCCGUGUUCUCGGGAAUGGAAGGUGUCGUUCUAGAGACGUACGGCAACGGUAACAUCCCCAUCAAGCGCAAGGACAUCUACAAGGAGAUCGAGGCGGCCGUGAAGAACAAGGUCCUGGUGGUGAACGUGACGCAGUGCAUCAACGGAACCGUCAUCGCCAAGCCUUUGUACGAGACUGGACUGCUCCUGUUGGAAUGCGGAGUAGUGCCUGCGUACGACAUGACAGCCGAGGCUGCGUGGGCCAAGCUGUGCUAUGUGCUCACUAAGACAGAACUAAGUUACGAGGAGAAAGUUAAGCUAAUGAAGACGAACAUCCGUGGCGAGAUGUACAACCCUCACUAAUUAAGUUAUGUUAGUUAAGUUAAAUAAUUUCUAGAAUAAUAUUGUAUGAUUGUUACUUUGUAUUAAAUGUCGAAUAAAUUAUUUGUUAAGGUUCAAA